CCCCUCUUUCAUCUUUUUUGCAAGUCCCCCUAAAAGAGGAACGUAUACCCCUCUUCUCUUCUUUUUCAUAUGGAACUAAUUUCAGUCAUUUGGCAGUUUCUUCUUUUAUGGAUCUUUAUCUAUAUUUUUGUAUUUCUGAUACAGUUCUUCACUACCAAAAAUCCUAGUCCACGACGGGCAACGCCACAUAGUGUUUUGCCGACUUUUUCCAUAUCUUCCAGCAAUGAAGUAGAACGAGAUCAGUGGUCGAUUAAGCUUUUUCAAGUCAAAUACACAACACAUCGUCUAAAUUCAUUUUUUCAGCGCUUAACUCAACUCGCUCCAUGGUUCUGGAAAGCUUGGUUCCAUAUUGGUGCCUUAGCUGCUUCUGUGACCAUGGUCGUAGGCAUGGCAGUGAUCGUGUAUGCAGGGCUCAAGAUUCUCUCCUCACUGACACGCAUUGCCUCAGUGGAUCAGUCACAGCAUGUGAAGCGAGAGUUAGUAGAACCCAAUAAUGGCGAUGAACAAGUAUUUUUACCAAUGAUACCCGGUGUGACACUUCCAAUGUCGCAUAUUGGAUACUACCUAUUGGCACUGACGGUUUGUGGGUUAUUCCAUGAAGCAGGUCACGCCAUGGCCUCCUUUGCUGAAGGAGUGCCCAUCCAGAGCUCUGGUAUGUUUGUCAUGUACCUAUAUCCGGGAGCCUUUGUGAAUAUACCCGAUCAACAGCUUCAAGCGCUGGCUCCCUUUCGACAACUCAAAAUCAUCUGUGCUGGCGUUUGGCAUAAUCUUGUGCUUUAUCUAUUUGCAUCCCUUAGUCUAGCAGGUGGUCUCAAGCUGUUACUCAUCUUGAUUGGUUGGCAAUCGCUAGAGGCACAGGGCGGUGUCAGUGUAGUGCAUAUUCGAACCAACUCACCACUUGCUACCCAUUUACCUCCAGCUACCUUGAUUUAUCAACUAGAUGACACACCAUUGACCCAUAAUAUUGAGGAUUGGAACGCAUUUUUAUUUAAAGAGGACGGCAGACACGCGUUAGAACAGGGGUUUUGUGUAAGCAAGACACAUGAGAAUUACGGAGAUAAGUGCUGUGACAUCGAUGACACCAACCCAUUUGGCCGAUCACUCAAUGCGACCAUAUCAUGUUUCCGAUCAAUUGAAACAGCACUUGACAAGCAGUGUUUAUCUACAUUACCAGUUUUGGCUUCAAAAGAUAUUCCACGUUGUAAAGAAGCAUCUGACUGCCAUGGGCCAGAGAUGUCAUGUGUUGUUCCCUAUACCCCUUCAGCAGCAGGUCAAGUCGUGCGGAUAUAUGCGCAAAUUCCAAGCUGGGUAGAAAGUGAAGAGAUAGAUAGGCGAAGGAUAUUCAUAUUUGAAGGAGAGCUUGUGGAUAUUUGGGAAAGCGUUAAAGUUAGCAUACUGAGUCCACGAUUCUGGAUAUUGCCUGUUUCAUUACCACACAUUUUAGAAUUAAUAUUAAGAUAUAUUUCCUCAUUCACCAUUGCUUUGGCACUGUUGAAUAUACUUCCUGCCUUCAAAUUGGAUGGUGAAUUUGCACUGGAACAGCUACUUAUAUCCUUUAUGCAACCUACAGAUGCUAGUCUGGUCACAACAACAAGAACAUACCGGGCAACAAAACAAGUACAAGACUCUAUUGUGAAGGUUACGUCUAUUGUUGUUGGUUUUGUCAUCGUCGGGAGCCUUGUCAUGGGACUGCUAUCCGUUGUAUAAGUUUGUCAGAAUGAAUACAUAUAGAAUAAGCUUUUGAUGAGUAUAUUCUCCUAAAACAAUUAUUACGCUUUUAUAUAUAUAUAUAUAUAUAU